AUGAUUCCUCAAAGACGGACGUACCGAGAACUGUUAGAAGAGAGGACCACUGGAGUCUCUGUGUACGUUUCAGGUGAUUUAGCUGGAGUUGUGGUCUCUGCGAUCCCCAACCCCUAUUUCAAGCUCCAUUCCCCUGAAACAUUUCCUCUUCGGCCAAAUUGCAGCCCAACCCAUAACAUCCUUGACAAGUUCAACCCUGGAGCCCGGCAGAUGAUUAAUGCUGGGAAGGCGUACCUCAAGGCUCUACAUGAAGAGCUGCUAACUUAUCGUCCUUUAGCAUCGCCAUUAUUUUUUAUUACUCCCCCUCCUCGCUCUCCUCCCCGAUCUGCUAUUGGAGGAGGAUUUACUGCUUCCACUUCUGCUCUAAGGGUGGCUUCCUUAUCCGAUGGUAGUCCAUGUCGGCCUAAGUCGGGGUGA